UGCUGAGCUCCGCCCCCUGCACUGAUCACAUGACGGUGACAUCAUCCCAGGUCCUUCAGCUCUUGCAGUGCAGCAGAUACAGAGCAGGUCCUGGUCGGUAGUCACUGCUGUGGUGUCUGGAGCCUCUUCCUCUCUCUGGUAUCAGCCAUUUCUCCAGAAUCCCCCUUUAUCCCCGAUGCUGGGGGCUCUGAGAAGCGGGGUCUCUCCAGGAGCAGCGCCUGCAGUACUAGAAGCCUCCAGCUCCUCCAGUUCUCUCCUCUUCUCCUGAAUGACCACCAAGGAUGGACAGGAAGGAGAUCAGCAGAAGAAUAUUAGACUUCACCUUGGAGAUCAUCUCCCUGCUGAGCGGAGAGGAUUACACCAUAGUGAAGAAGACAUCGGGGGGGACUUCCAUCAUCCAUGAGUCAGAAGGGUGGAGCAGGACCCCCAUCACAGAGCCUCCCCCCCUGAUACAUGAGCAGAAGAUCCUAGAACUCACCCACAAGAUGAUGGAGCUGCUGACUGGAGAGGUUCCUGUAAGGUGUCAGGAUGUGGCGGUCUAUUUCUCCAUGGAGGAGUGGGAGUAUGUAGAAGGACACAAGGAUUUGUACAAGGAGGCCAUGAUGGAGGCUCCCCGGCCUCUGACAUCACCAGGAAAUGCCAAUAAGAACUCUGAGGGAACCGUCACGUUAUCGCAAGUAGAAGAUGGAGCCGUCAUGCCGCACUCUGCAGGAAGAAACCUCAUUACCCUGAUUGUAUAUCCAGAACUUCUCAUUACAGAUCUACCUCGUAAUCCAAAUAAUCAUGAGGAACCUUUUACUGACCAAUGUCAGAUUGUUAAAACAAGUCCAGACCUAUCAUAUAAUCCUCCUAAUCAUGGUGAACCUCUUCCUGACCAAUCACAGGUUGUUACCACAAGUACUCCACAAUCACAUGUUAUUACAUGUAAGAAAACUCACACAAGAAAGAAGAGAUUUCCCUGUUCAUACUGUAGUAAAAGCUUUACAAAUAAUUCAGGUCUUAUUAUACAUGAGAGAAUUCACACAGGGGAGAAGCCAUUUCCAUGCUCAGAAUGUGGGAAAUGUUUUACAAAUAAAUCAGAUCUGGUUAAACAUCAGAAACGUCACACAGGAGAGAAGCCGUAUCCAUGUUCAGAAUGUGGGAAAUGUUUUAUUAGAAAAGCCAAACUGAGGGAACAUCAGAGAGUUCACACGGGAGUGAGGCCAUAUUCAUGUUCAGAAUGUGGGAAAUCUUUUAUGGAGAAAUCGCAUCUUGUUACACAUAAUAGAACUCAUACAGGAGAGAAGCCAUUUUCAUGUUCUGAAUGUGGGAGAUCCUUUACAUAUAAAUCAUGUCUUGUUAUACACCAGAGACUUCACACAGGAGAGAAGCUAUAUUCAUGCUCAGAAUGUGGGAAAUCCUUUAUUUGUAAUGCCAGUCUUAAGAAUCAUCAGAGAAGUCACAGCGGAAAGAAAUCACAUUUUGCUUCUAGUGUUGGGUAUACAAAAACAGAUGUUUAACCCAUCCGGUUAUUUUCAGAUAUUUAACCACCAAUAAGAGAGUUUAUUUUUGGGUGGAAUUAGCCCAGAUCUGCCAAACACCCAAUUUAUAUUUACCUGAGCUCAAUAGUGUCCGCGAUCCAUGGAGGAAAAGCAUUGUGGGUAUAAGAAAGAAAAG